AUGCACCAAAGAUGGUUGAGGUGGACUCGACAGCGGCUCCCAGUUCGGCCUCUGGCUGUUCACGGUCUCCCUGACUUUGCAUCCACGAGCCCAGCCCGAUGCCACCCUCAAGCUCUUUCUUGCAGCUUCCAUUAUAAAGCCCUAUCGCUGCAACAAGACCAUACUCCACUCCGCAAGCAGUUGAAGGAUGCUGCAAAAGCAGUACGGACGCUUCCAUCAGCUCCGGCAGCGGCUGAGAGCCCAGAUCUAUUGGCAAACUGGGAACUAACUGUGGGCAUUGAAAUUCAUGCUCAGCUCAACGCUUCUCGCAAGCUUUUCUCCCCUGGAAUAACUGCGCCGACUUCGAUCCCAAACAGUCAAAUCGCUCCCUUUGACAUCGCAUUACCUGGUAGUCUUCCAGUCCUCCAACCGGCUGUCAUCCUACCCGCCCUUCGUGCGGCCACCGCGCUUGAAUGUACGAUUGAGCCAGUCAGCAACUUUGACCGCAAACAUUAUUUCUACCACGAUCAGCCAGCGGGCUAUCAGAUCACUCAGUAUUACCACCCCUUCGCAAAAAAUGGGCGUAUCGUAUUAACCACCGAAGAUGGGUUGGAGGACGGUCGCACUGUCACGGUGAACAUCAAGCAAGUGCAAUUGGAACAGGAUACCGCUAGGACUCAAGAGGAUGAGAGCAACACGGCGUUGAUAGACUUUAACCGUUGCGGCCAAGCCUUGAUCGAGAUAAUAUCGUUGCCCGACCUGCAUUCUCCGCGAGAUGCAGCCAUCUACGUCAAGAAGAUUCAGUCAAUCCUCUAUGCUGUUGACGCUGUCACCACCGGUAUGGAACAAGGAGGUCUUCGAGCUGAUGUCAAUGUCUCGGUCCGUCGUCGGGACGCCGAAGAGGGCCCAUUUGCCUACAGCGGCGUGACCGGUCUCGGCCAACGCACAGAAAUAAAGAACCUUAGCACCUUCAAGGGCAUUGAAGAUGCAAUAAAGGCGGAAAGAGAUCGCCAAAUUCGGAUCCUCGAAUCCGGUGGCAUAGUUCAAGGCGAGACUCGAGGUUGGUCCAUGACCAACCCCAAUGAAACGAAAAGACUCCGAGGGAAGGAAGGUGAGGUGGAUUACCGAUACAUGCCCGACGCGGACAUUCCUCCACUCUACAUCAGCAGCGACUUGAUUUCCUGGAUUGAGAAGACUUUGCCUCCUACUGCGAGCGAGCUGGUUGAGAUGCUUGUUCAAAAGUACGGCCUCAGUUUCACGGAUGCAAUGACCUUGGUCUCGCUUGAUGAUGGCGAGCGAUUGAUUUAUUUUCAAGAUAUUGUCGAUGAGUUGGUGUCCAGCAGUCGAUCUACAACGACAUCAAAGGAUCACGGAAAGACUGUUGGAAAUUGGGUGCUGCAUGAACUGGGUGCUCUACUUUCCACCGAAGAAAAGCAAUGGAGUGACAACCUCGUUCCCUCCAAACACAUGGCCGAAAUCAUCUAUCGCUUGAAAGACAAUCAGAUUACAGGCACUUCGGCCAAACAUAUCCUCAAGCUCAUCUACAAUGGUGACAAGCGAACCGUCUCACGUAUCAUCAGACAAGAAGAAUUGGGCUUUUCGGAGAUGUCGGCCGAUAGCUACCAAGCAAUCGCACAAGAAAUAAUCGACAAGUUCCCCCAGCAUGUCAAAGACAUUGUCGAGAAGGGUAAAGUCGGGAAAUUGCAGUUCCUCAUGGGACAAAUGAUGAGACACCCGCGCAAGGGUGACAUGCGGGCCCCGGAGGCUGAAAAAACACUUCGCCAACUGAUCUUGGGCAACAAUGGAUGA